AUGGCUGGGAUCUGGACUGUGGUCGUGUGUGUGGGAGUUGUGUGUUCAGCUAUACCUGGUUUGACUCAGGAUUUAUCCAGAACAUUGUAUCUGAUCUCAGCUCCAGAGGUGUUGCAUGCUGGGACACCUCUGGAGCUGGCUGUCACCAUCUUCGCUGAUUUCCCUGGAAGGGUGAAAGCUGAGGUGGCACAGGGCGACAACAAAGUAACACUCACAGAGGACUUCCAAGGAGGUUUGACCAGGAUUCUCACGCUCCCUCCUAUUCUUGGAUCAACCCCAGCAAGCCAGAAUUCCCUUAUAAACUUGACGAUGUGGGGCUACAGGGGGGAUGAUGUCAUUUUCACCAACUCCACCACCCUCAGCUACGUCCCCUGGAAUGUCUCCACCUUCAUUCAAACUGACAGAUCACGCUACCAACCAGGCGACACCGUCAAAGUCAGAGUUGUGUCUGUCCAGUUGGAUAACCAUCCGUACAAAGGCAGAGUGGAGCUUUCUUUACAGGAUCCCAGUGGGAGCGUUGUCAACAGGUGGGAGUCCACAGGGAAUCCAGGGGUUAUGUUGCAGGAAUUCAGUUUGCCCCAGACACCUCCUCUUGGACUGUGGGUGAUCACAACCACAGUAAAUGGUGUGACAGAUGAGAGAGAAUUCAUUGUGGAGUAUUAUGAGCAUCCUCACUUUGAAGUGCUGUUGAAGACACCUUCAGCGGUCCUUGUUGGAAAUGACAUCUCGGGAUCAGUGAGAGCACUUUACCCCAGUGGACAACCUGUGCAGGGAACACUUACUAUUACUCUGGGGUCUGUUGUGCACAAUGCAGACUCUCCAUUCAUGCUAACACAAACUAAGCAGAUCUAUGGGUCAACACAGUUCAUCUUCAGCAAAGAUCAGCUUCGAGGAAUUAGCAGCCUUGUGCAUAUUACUGCCUGCGUUACUGAGAGCACCACAGGAUAUAAAGUGAACAAAACAGUGGAAGUCCACCUCAUGGAGAACCCAUUCCAGCUUACGUUCUGUGAUUUUCCACCAACGCUAAAGCCAUCUUUAUACUUCUCUGCAAAACUAAGGAUUUCUAGAUAUGACAGAAAGCCACCCAGCUCGCAGGAUCUAAUGUACUCUGCUGUGAUUGAAGUCACUCAGAGAACAUCCAGAGAGAAUGAUGAAAGCACAACUCUAACACUUCCAGUGCCCGAGGACGGGAACGUCCACAUCAAGUUUAGAUUACAGGAUCAAGUCGAGAUGCUUUUUAUUCGGGCAAGAUUCCAGUCCAGUGAGGAGACUCUGACUGUCUACAAAAACUACUCCUCUCCUAGUGGCUCAUAUAUUCAGAUCUCCCAAGUCGACACCCAACCUGCACAGAUUGGGUCGCCUCUUCAGCUCGAUGUGAGGAGCACCUUUCAAACAACAGAGCUUCACUUUGUGGUGAGCUCUAGAGGUCAAGUUGUGGCUGCUGGGACACAGAGUUCCUCCUCUUUUUCACUGACCCCAACAUUGUCCUGGUCCCCUGAGGCCUGUGUCACUGUUUACUGCAUCCUCUCUGACGGAGAGGUCGCCAGUGACACGGCUCGCAUACCCAUCAGCCAUUACAACCAUGUAUCUCUGAGCUGGAGCACUGAAAAAGCCCAGCCAGGUGAGCCGGUAUCGCUCACUGUAACUGCUAAUGAAGCGGGAUCCCAGGUAGGGAUCGCAGUAAUGGGGGCUCAUGAUGACGCACCGCAGGCUGACCUUGACUUAAAAGUGGAGCAGGAAUGCAAUAUUAGGAUGCUGACCAAUGCCAGAUUAUAUAAGAAAAAGCAGCAUGAUGGACCCAAUAAUGAGGGAGAUAUCCUAGUGGUAGAGAAGUACUGGAGCCACUGGAUGGAUGCCACUGAAUCCUUGCUGUGGUUCGACACUUAUAUCAGUGAUAAAACAUGGACGAGUGAGGAAAUAUCAGUGCCAGAUGGAGUUACUUCUUUGAGAGCUGUUGCACUGGUGAUGUCAGACAGCCUGGGAUUGGGUUUCACACCUGUGCCCCAAAAGUUGGAUGUGUGCAAAGUUUUCUCCUUGUCUCUGGAUGUCCCAUUAUACCUCAUCAGAGGGGAGGAGAUUGUGCUCGAAGUAAACGUCAUCAACCAUUUAGAGCACGACAUAGAGAUCAUUCUGUUGGUAGCGCAGAGCGAGGCCUUUGAGUUUGUUUUGGCAGACAAAGGGGAUGUUUCGGUGGUGAAUGCCCAAAAACUCACCUUAGGGAGUCAUGCGUCUGCUUCAGCGCUGUUUGCUAUAAAGCCCAAGGAUCUGGGUGAGAUGGAAAUAUCUGUAGACGCCGUAUCUGCGGAAGCCUCAGAGAGCCUUAUCGGGAGAGUGCUUGUGAAGCCUGAGGGAGUUGAACAGUCUUUCUCAACGAGUCUGUUCCUGGAGAUGUCUCUAGUGAAACACAACAGUUCCAGAUCCGUCUCCUUCUCCUUUCCACCAGAUGUGGUCCCGGGCAGCCAGAAGGCCCAUGUGGCGUUGGUUGGUGAUAUCUUGGGUUUCCGCAGCUUGGGUUCACUGGUUCUGAUGCCUCUUGGUUGUGGAGAGCAGAACAUGAUCCAUGUUGCUCCAAGUAUUUAUGUUCUCCAGUAUUUGCAAACUGAGGACCAUCGAGAGAUCAGGAGAAAGGCCCUGGGCUACAUGAAGGAAGGAUAUCAGAGACAACUGGCAUACCAACGAGAAGAUGGUUCAUUCAGUGCUUUCGGAGCCAGUGACACCUCUGGUAGCAUAUGGUUAACAGCCUUCGUGCUGAGGUGCUUCCUCCAGGCUCAGCCCUACAUGCAGAUAGACCAGAGUGUCCUGAUCAGGGCCAUGACUUGGCUCUUGAAACACCAGGGGCCACAGGGAGAGUUUGUUGAGGUGGGCAGGUUGAUCCACACUGAGAUUCAGGGAGGACUGGAUAAUGGCUCAGUGGGACUCACUGCCUAUGUACUGAUGGCACUGCUGGAGGACGAGAGCUACGUGGAUAUGUACUCAGGCAAUGUGUCCCUGGCCCAGCAGUACCUGGAAGACAAAGUGUCCACAGGAGUGGUCAGUAACUACAGCCUGUGUCUGGUGGCCUAUGCUUUAGCUCUGGCCAACAGUCCUGUGGCUGGCACGGCCCUGGAUGAGCUCAUUAGGAGAGCUGACUACAGAGAUGAAGUCAUGAUGUGGAGCUCCUCGGCCGGCCUGGAGUCACAUGACUGGCAGCCGCGCUCGGCGCAGAUUGAGAUGACCGGUUAUGUGCUGCUGGCUCUUUAUAGGCGUGGCUUCUUGGUGGAGGGCAUUGCACUCUCAAAAUGGUUAAGCAAGCAAAGGAACCAUCUAGGAGGAUAUGGGACGACACAGGACACAGUUGUUGCCCUCCAGGCUCUGGCUCAUUACGCGUCCUUCAGUGGGGCCAAUGCCAUUGACCUCAGGCUCAAAGUAUCUGCCCCAGCGUCAUCGUUUGUGUCACUAUUCAGCAUCAACUCCACCAACUAUCUGACGUAUCAGAGCCGAGAGAUUAAUGCUGACAGAGAUCUAAACCUAAAUAUACACAUGGAAGGAAGAGGAUUUGCAAUAUUUCAGAUGAAUAUCUUUUACAACCUGGAGAGCAAAGCUUUUUCACAGAACCUCCAGCACACUGAAGAUCAGGAGGCUUUCUCAUUAGAUGUGCAUGUGGAAACAGACCAUAAUCACAUGCUUUUAUCUAUAUGCUUGAGAUUAAAAGACAACCAGGUGAUUUCUCAGACAGGCAUGGCUAUAUUGGAAGUGGGCAUGCUCAGUGGUUUGAGUCUCUCUCCUGGAGCUGCUGCCCCAACAGGUCUUAUCAGAAAGGUGGACAUAUUUCCCGAGAAAGUCAGCCUGUACCUAGAUUCACUUAACAAGACAGAGGUUUGCAUCAGACUUCCAAUCAUCAGAGUUUACAAAGUGGCCCAUGUACAGGAUGCUGUGGUGAUUGUUCGUGACUACUAUGAGCCUACGAGACAAGCAAAAAGAACAUACAACUCAGCUGCUCUGCACAACACCAACUCCUGCCUCUUCUGUGGUGAAAACUGUGAUCUCUGUAGGCCAGGAAUCAUUAUCACUGUGUCCUCCCCAUUGUUACCGAACUCAAUGAGCAGCGCCACUCACAGCUUAAUUUGCCUUUUUGUUGGAGUCGCUGCUUUUUUUAUUGUCUUCUAAUUAGACUGAAUUAUU